AUGUGGCGAUUGCUGUGUUUGGCUAUAGUUUUUCACCUGGCAGUGGCAGUAUUUGGAGAAGACGUUGUGGUGACGACGAAACUUGGAGACCUCAAGGGACUUUCUGGCAAAGUGCGCUUUAGAGGGAAGACGCACGUGUUGAAGAAAUUCCUUGGCGUCCCGUUCGCGCAACCACCUCUGAAAGAGUUGCGAUUCAAGCCCCCUCGUGCACCUGCUCCCUGGAAACCAGACCUUUACAAUGCCACCUAUUACCGUCACACCUGCAUGCAGGAAAAACUGGAUAGAGACGAAAUGCAGAAGCAAAUACCUGGCUUCAAAAACUUUAGUGAAGAUUGCUUGUAUCUGAAUAUUUUUACAACAUAUGAUUUUACAGACAGUUCCAGUUUGCCUCACCCAGUCAUGGUAUUCAUCCAUGGCGGCAGCUACGUGGCGGGGUCAGCACAGACAAUACUGGGAGAUGUACUACCACUGAAGGGCGUGGUCUUGGUUGUGAUUCAGUACAGGUUAGGGGCUUUUGGAUUUCUGAGUACUGGUGACCAUCAUGCCCCAGGUAAUACUGGCCUCCUUGACCAGACCAUGGCCUUGAAGUGGGUCAAGGACAACAUAGGUCACUUCGGAGGUGACACCGACCGGGUGACCAUCUUUGGUCAGAGUGCAGGGGCCUCUUCUAUUGGACUCCAUCUGGUGUCGAGUAAAUCGAAAGGUCUUUUCCACCAAGUGAUAAUGCAGAGCGGGGUGGACCUGAGUCCAUGGGCCAUCCAUGGUGUGCAUAGUGCUCUCCACACCAGUCAAGAAUUGGGGCGCAUGGUCGGCUGCCCAACACACCUCAACGUGCUACUCGUGGAAUGUCUUCGGAAGGUGGAUGCUCAAGAGAUUGCUGAUUUCAUCUCUGAUUCUCACCAGGGCAGUGACCCCCUAGAUCUACCAUGGUCCCCUGUAGUCCAGGGAGAAGGGGAAGAAGCAUUUCUGGUUGAUGAUCCUAAAGUACUGAGAGAAAAUGGAAGGUUCCACCGUGACGUGAGAGUAAUGGCUGGAUUUACCAGUGACGAAGGGGCUGCAAUCAUACAGAGUAUAGCUGACCAGUUUAACAUGGCAGACCUUCUACGAGAAGAAAAGAUCAGCCAGAGUGCUCUGGGCUCUCUCCUACACCACUAUUUUCCCAUCAAGAACGGCAUCCUGGCUGGGGAGAUCUACAACACCAUAGCACGCGGGUACCAGAACACAACUGAAGGCGUGGAGACAGGGGUCUACAGACAAGGAAUGGUGGAUAUCCUGACAGACUAUAUGUUUGCUGCCCCUGCCCACCAGGUUCUGCGCCAUCACAGUCAGCACAACGAGACCUUCAUGUAUGUGUUUGGGUACAGAUCCCCUAAUAUUAGGACCAAUUUCUGGAUGGGUACCACCCACAAUGAUGACCUGCCUUUUGUGUUUGGCCUUCCUUUUCACACAACCAAAAUGAGGCAUAACUGCUCAACCUUGGACAGCGCCCUCUACAGUAAGUUCUGCAGGGGGAAGAGGACACAGAUUUUCUCCGACUACGUGUGCACACACAGAAAUUGGUCAUUCUGUAACGAGUACGAUCACAGGAUGGGGCAUUCCAAUAUAGACUAUGCAAUCAUCCCCCAGCAGUACGAGAAAUUCGACCACGAGGACCGGAUCAUUAGUGACUACGUUAUGGAGCUCUGGACCAAUUUUGCGAAAUUUGGGCAUCCCACGCCACCAAAGACAGCCAACGCCACCUAUAGUCAGCACAGUGAGAUUGUGGAGUGGCACCUUUUUAAAUCUAACACCUCAGAGGAAGACUCGCGCUACCUUCAUAUAGAUACACAGACUGUUAUGAAGACUGGACUGAGAGCAGAGAACAUGGCUUUCUGGACUCAAACAUUCCCCUCUAUCAAGGAUAAGUAUGUUGAAUUUGCUCCAGUCAUCCACGAGCAAGAUGAAAGCACCACUAAUGACCUGCUGAAGAUUCUGCCAUUCCUGGCUGGAGGCUUCCUGUUUGUGCUCAUAGUAACCGUUGUCUUGGUAACACACAGGCGACAGCAGCCAAAACCUUCCAGGCAGAACAGCUACAACAGAGACAAUAGCAAGACGGUGGCGACACCUAUCUUGACAUAUGCAUCGUACGAUGUGUAUGAGAAUGCUGAAUCUGUGUAA